UUGCAAACAUUUGAGCAUAUGAUAUGAGUGUUUGAGACUGGUUGUCAAUGGCUGGUUGAAACAAGCAAGCAACAAGCCACUGAAAACAACAACAUAGAACUGAUCGUAAUCUAGUUUGACUUGAAACCAAUAACUAAUAAAAAUAGUGAAAAUGGAUCCUGCCUUGCUGAGGGAACGUGAACUGUUCAAGAAAAGAGCCAUCGCAACACCAACAGUUGAAAAGAAGAAAAAUGAAUCCAAAUCAGAACCACCCAGAGAUGACAAGAAAAAGUCGAAGACUUUUGUCAGCACAGCACCUAAGUUAGAUAUCAACACAUAUAAAACAUCAUCCGGAAGUUCUCAAUACAGAUUUGGUGUUUUGGCAAAAAUAGUUAAACACAUGAGAACCAGGCACCAAGAAGGUGAUAUGCAUCCACUAGCUUUAGAGGAGAUUUUAGAUGAAACUAAUCAGUUGGAUGUUGGCGGCAAAGUUAAACAAUGGUUGCAAACAGAAGCUCUUCAAAAUAAUCCAAAAAUUGAAGUCUCGCCGGAUGGCAAAUUCUUAUUUAAAGCACUAUUCAAAUUGAAAGAUCGCAAAAGUCUGCUAAAAUUGUUAAAGCAGCAGGAUUUGAAAGGUUUGGGUGGUAUUUUGCUGGACGAUGUUCAAGAAUCCCUGCCGCACUGCGAUAAAGCUUUGAAGGUACUUCAAAAUCAAAAUGAAAUUAUUUUUGUUGUUCGGCCUAUGGACAAGAAGAAAGUUCUAUUUUAUAAUGAUAGGACGGCGUCGAUGCCAAUCGACGAAGAGUUUCAAAAGCUCUGGCGAUCUGUCGCCGUGGAUGCAAUGGACGAUGCGAAAAUUGAUGAGUAUUUAGAGAAACAGGGUAUCAGGUCGAUGCAGGAUCACGGUCCCAAGAAACCUAUGGCACCUAAAAGAAAACGUGCCGGUCAAAAGAAGCGGACGUUCAAAAAACCAAGAGACAACGAGCAUUUGGCUGACGUCUUGGAAACAUACGAAGAUAAUACGUUAACCCAAAAAAAUACUGUUUAAUAAACAGAUUUAUUUGUUUCUAUAUAUUAU